CGUCCCUCCCCGGUCGUGCCUCCGAUGCAGCCGGGCCCCCUCACAGCCUUCCGGGGCCGGCCGGGCCACCCCCUUCCGCUUCCUCCGGUGGCCCGAGAAAGCAGAAAGAGAAGUAGCCGAGCAUAAAACGAAGAGCUUCUGGUGAGCAAGGAGUACUACAAGGAAAGAGACGAUGUCUUCUGAAACAGUCAAACAGGAAGUUCAGACACGUCCAGUAAAGCAAUCUGGAUGGCCAAUGUUCUUUUGCCCCACCUCCCAAAUUCAAGAUGCUGGAGAAAUUGCAAGGAUCCGUAGGGAAUGCAAACAGGAAAGUUUCUGGUACAGAGCUCUUCCUUUGUCUCUCGGGAGCAUGCUUGUCACCCAGGGGCUGAUCUCCAAAGGCGUUUUCUCAGCAAGUCCAAGAUUUGGUCCAUACCCCAAGAUGGCAAUUGCUGGUAUCUUAGGUUUUGCUAUUGGAAAGAUUUCAUACUUUGGAGAAUGCCAAAAAAAGUUCGAGAAAAUUGGUAUGACACCAUUUGGUCCACAACAAAAAAGGCAGUGUCAUCAUGCUUGCAAGGAAUGUAAAGCAAAACUGGGAUCAAGUGAGAAAGAAGGUUCAAUUCCUUCAGCAUCUUAGUCCAGAUGUGGCGAAGAUGAUAAAGAUCUUACGGAUCGGCUUCUUUCCAGGCACUUUUGUGUAGAGAAGAAAUAAUAGUUUUGUGAUUCUGUGUCUUUGAUUUGAUGUAGAUUGACUUAUUUGAAGUAGUUGCAUAUUGUUCUGUUGCAUAGUACUGUUUGUGCUAAAUACCAGUUUCUUGUAAUGCACUUUUUGAAAUACACUCCUCUCUUCUCAGCAU